AUGAGGAUCGAGAAAUGUUAUUUCUGUUCCGGACCCAUUUAUCCCGGCCACGGCAUGAUGUUUGUCCGGAACGAUUGCAAGGUGUUCAGAUUCUGUAAAUCCAAGUGUCAUAAAAACUUUAAGAAAAAGCGCAAUCCUCGCAAAGUAAGGUGGACGAAAGCCUUCCGGAAAGCAGCUGGUAAAGAGCUUACAGUGGAUAAUUCAUUUGAAUUUGAAAAACGAAGAAACGAACCUAUUAAGUACCAGCGAGAGCUAUGGAAUAAAACUAUUGAUGCAAUGAAGAGAGUAGAAGAGAUCAAGCAGAAACGGCAAGCUAAAUUUAUAAUGAACAGGUUGAAGAAAAAUAAAGAACUACAGAAAAUGGAGGACAUCAAAGAAGUAAAGCAAAAUAUCCAUCUUAUCCAUGCCCCUGUUGCAGGCAAAGGAAAGCAACUGGAAGAAAAAAUGUUACAGGAAUUGCAACAGGAUGUGGACAUGGAAGAUACUUCUUAAAAAUCCCGCUGCUUAUAACCAUUUCUAUUCAGACAUUGAAAAUCUCCUUUGGAGACUUAGAACUUCUAAAUUAUUGUUUUGUUAUCUUACAUAAGUUCUCCCAGAUUGCU